AUUUUGUUGAAUGCCUUGGAACAUAAGGUUACCGAUAAAUCUGAGUUACCAGAUGAGAAGAAGAUAUGGAAGAGAUCUCUGCUGCGAAAACGACGGUGCAGCCGCCUGCAAAGAGCUUGAUAGAUGGAAAUAUAUCUGGGGCUCCGUCAGAACUUGAAGCUGAUUCAUCCAAAGACAUAAAUUGCCAAGAUGUGGAAUCUCCAGCUGCGCCUGCAUACUCUCCACUGACUCCACUUCUGACUACGCAAAAAGCCAUAGUUACGACAUGUGUUGAAUCUCCAGCUGCCCCAGUAUAUUCUCCGCUUACUCCUCUUACUACACGGAAAGAAGCUGAAAACAAUAAUUCACCAAUGCCGCCAAUGUCACCGAGUACAUUAGAGCUGUUGGAAACCCUAAACGAAGAUUUCUUUACAGUUAGGCAUGAGUAUGAUGAGUUCGCAAAAAGACGCCAAAGUAAUGGAAUUAGUAAAUGUAGUAACCUUAAAGAAGACUGAGAAUAUGACGACGAUACAGACUCUGAUUAUGUACCUGACAGUGGAGCAGAAACUGAUGCAUCGCACUCAUAUGUAAAGCAAAAAAAAGGGUAUCGCAAUCCCCGAGAGUGACAGGUCGGAGAAUGAAACUAUAACAGAGGGUUUCUUUGAAAAUCAUGUUGCUAUAGUACACGAUAAUCCAACUAGAUCUGACAGAACCACACAAAUAAUACACAAUGAAAACCCACCCAUUGUUACAAAUGCUGUUCAUAACGACAUAACGGUUGGUGAAAUAAUUAAAACGUGUCAAAGUUCUGAUCCUCAAGCUUUUCACCCUGAAGCUGAAGCUGCUUAUCCCGUUACUGUUGUUGUUGUGUACGUUACAAGAAGUUGGCUCGUGCCUUAUUAAUUUUAUUAAGAAUGAUCUGAGGGAUGGCGUGGAGAAUUUAGUUUUAUGUAGCGAUUGUUGCGGGGGACAAAAUAGGAAUAUCAAAAUAGUUCUCUUUAUUAUUUAAUUUAAUACCUCAAGACUGUCACGAGUUAUAUAAUACCCUUAAGGGAAGUAGCUCUAUCAACGAAGAUGUUGAUGGAUACGGGCCAACUCUUGAUUUUAACUUAGAUGAUGACAGAAAUUGAUAUACACGCUGAUUAUUUCGCUAUUCUUUCUAUAUUUUAUUCUUAUUUAUGGCGUUUAUACCUGAUUCCGUUAGUUUUAUGAUUGAGGUCAAUAAAUAUGUAACUUCUUGACAAAAACACUUGUUUUUUUUUGUUUUAUAACUUAUUUUUUAGUCGAUGGUUAGUUUUGAGUCCUUUCUGAGAAAGUUAUAAAAAAUACCUGUCUUUGUAAACUUAAGUUUAAUUGUAAGGACUCAACCCACACUUUACUUAAUAUCUUAACAUAUAAUCAAAAUAUAUUACUAUAUUGAUGAACAAUUAAAUAACACAUAAUACCUUCUUGAUAAUAACGAGA